UAAUUUCAGCAGUAUAGGGUUGCAGAGCAGAAGGAUGAGGUCUCACGUGUGGUCUCUACUGGCGGCAUUACUCCGUGUUCUACUAGUCCGAGGAGCUAGUCCCGAGGAUCCAUCUCCUGGUGAGAUCUCGCAACAGCCAUAGUUACGGUCUAAAACGUCGUGCGUCGUCUGCAGAGUGCAGCGACGAAGACUUACGGCUAUUGACCAGUUUUGAGGACAACGAUGAUAUCUCCGCUGCACUGGACGGUGUGCUGGGAGACGUGCGCGGAAUUCUCGAGAUCUGCGAGAAUGAGCUCUGGAAGAGCGGCGUGUUGUGCCUGAAUGAGGGAGACUUAGAAGGAGAACAGUGGACGACGGAGAACACUGCAGUUGCCUGCAGAGAACUGGGAUAUCCUGCUCCAGGUGAUUCUGGAGCUUAUGAUAUCCAGCCGAUAGAGGAUAACAAGAGACUAUCAUACAUUCCUCAAUGUAUGGGGAGUGAGGAGAGACUGAGAGACUGCACUACUGUAGAUAAAGAUGACAGUUGUGAUGCUCCACUAGUUAUCAGCUGUUGGAACAGCUCGCAAGCCACAACUAGUCAACUGUCUCCCUCUCUCCCUGUAACCUAUUCAGCCAGCAAACCAGCAGCCACCUCCCCAGUCUCCUUGUUACAGUCAUCAUCUAAUGCAGUCUCUACCACAGAACUACAGCAGCCCAGUCUGACAACUGGUCCUGCCUCCACUCCAGACACUGACUCUCCAUCCACUGACACUGGUACCACUGACAAUGGUACCACUGCACCACGGGCCCUCGUCUAUCUGGCGACUGCAGUGGGGACUGUGGUGGCUCUUCUGCUAGUAUCAAUAGCUGGAGUUCUCCUCUACCUCGCCUGCCACAGGAGGGAGAAAGUGAGGCCCCAGAAUGAGCCGUAUGAGGUCCCAGUCACCACAGCCGCGAGGAACCAGACCUUCCAGGAGGUGCCAGAGACAGAGGUUCUCUACGACAGAGCCACCACUUCAAUCCAGAGGGAAGACAGCCAGGAGUACCACACUCUCAAUCACUCUCUCUCCCCCAGCAAACCAUCUCCACCUCUCAGUAGUCAUUCAACCGGCAGCUCCACUGGUCCUCCUCCAGUAUAUGACACCGUGGCCCCUCCAGGCUCGUCUCAGGCCAAUCCAGCCAGGGAUCCCCCCACUCAGAAACCUCCGGUCUACUACCACGUACUGCAGAGCCCCACAGAGAGGGCAGAGGAGCCAGCAGGCCACCGCUACCACAUCCUAGAGCAGCAGGAGAGUGGAGGGGUCAACCCCAGUGGAGGUCCAGCAAUGUACAGUGAGGUGGGGCAGAGACGAGCUGCCACUCUGCAGCCACACCGACAGGCACCCCCCUCCUCCUCCUCCUCCUCAAACCUCACCAUCUCCCUGCCCAGAAACAUCUCGGGAUCAACUACACUGCUGUAGGCCCCACUACGUCUCUUUAGUCUGACAUCUGGCAGAACAGGCAUCAAAUUUCGUGUAUGCAUUUACGUUGGCCGUGUGUUACCUGUGCAUUAGCGUGUGUAUGUCGUGCACUAAUGUAGAUGUGUGUGUGUGUGUGUGUGUGUGGCAAUCAAGGGCUGUGUGCUGCAUUUCUCAGAUUUCAUGGAUCAUCCCCCUUCACUGUUGUACUCCGAACUGAGUAAAUGAAAAGCCACUCAGAGUAACGAAAAAGGAAAUACGUAA